CGUUUAAUUGACCUUUUAUUUGAAAUUUAAAAUUUUCUUGAUGUUUUGUUUUAAUUUGUUUCAUUCUGAUUCGAAUAAUGAAGACAUAUCUAUUGUAAGCUGAUUUUAUCAAUCCUCUCAAUCAGUUUUGUUUAAGAAACACUUUUAUCCCAUUUACUCUAACUAUUUGAUCUGUAUAAUAAACUUACUAAAAGAGCCAUUUUGAAUACAAUGUACAUAGCCUCAGCCUCAUCCAUCGUAAAAUUCUAUGAUUUUCCAUCCAAUCAAUUAGUAUACACAUACCAACCAAAGUAUACUAUCGAAGGGCCUUGCAGGAGCCUCUCAUGGGCCAAAGAUGGCAACUGGAUAGCCGUGGUGCCCUAUACAGGUUGUACCGAAAUUGUAACCCUUAAGGACCAAUGCAAACUAUUACAUACAGUGCAAGACAUCCCUGAGCCAUCAUGUGCAAGUUUCCAAAACCUUACAAAAAGGAACAUUGUAGUGGGUACCAAACAAGGGCAAAUAUUAUUAUAUGACAUCAAAAUGAAAAGUGUAAAAGCCCGAUAUCCCAAGGCAAAGGGUAGCAUUACCCAUGUGGGUUUUACGGCCAAAGACACCCACUGUUUUGCUGGGUGCAGUAACGGCGACAUAUUAUUGUUUAAUAAUGUGGCGAAAAAUAUGAGUUGUUCCCUUAGAGUGCCCAAAAGUGAUUCUGUUACUGAUGUAAAAGCACAUAGUCUUAAAAGGAAUUUUAUUAUGGCUGGCAGUAAUGAUGGAAUUGUUUGUGUUUGGGAUGUGAAUGUUAAUAAGGUGAAGUUUAAAGCUGAUGCACAUACUGGGCCAGUAUCUUCUGUGUUGUUUCAUCCGCAGAAUGUUAUGUUGGUGGUUUCUGCAGGAUCAGACAGGUCGGUGAGAAUAUUCGACAUUGAAAGCCAUACGAGAGUAAAUAAAAUCGCAGUAGAAAACAACGUUUUAUCGAUAGAUUUUCUAGAUAAUUCCCUAUAUCUAGUAAUGGGUACCCAAAAUGGCAAAAUCCUCAUCUAUGACACCAGAAGUCUGAGAGAGCCCGUUAAUUCACUGGAUGCUCACAGCAGUGCCGUAAAGCACCUUUUAUGCCAAAACUCAUCGGAAAACAGCGUCGUUACAAAUAGCAGUUCAUUAAGCAGCUUUGUUGCUGAUGAAGCUCCACAGCCCUCCAAGUCCACCGAAGAACUACCAUCUAUUACCGCUGUAAAAAAACGUACCAGUGACGUAUUUGGGUACUUGGUGCAAGCUCAAGUGCAGUCGCCAGCCAAUGCAGCCACCCCAGAAUUACUAAAAAAGUCUUAUAAAUCCUCCUUGGACUGUGGAGAUUCGUUUUUAAAUGCCCUCGGUUUGGACAAAAAUACCACCUUGGACUCGGAAGUGUUUUUAGACGAAGGCGAUUGCCAUAAGCUUGUCCCUACUAAAGAACAAUCAUUAAUAUUCGAAGUAGGUAACACACCAAAAACACAACCGAAAGACUCAAAAAUUCAAACCAAUUCCACGCCCUUUAGCCUACAAGAGCAGGCUUGUUUCAACGCCUCCCCGAUAAUCCCCAACUGUGCCUCGACGAGUGUCACUCAGGUCCAAAAUGUGAACAGCGAAUACAUUAAAACUGAAAUAAAACAGUCGAUGGAACAACUGGAGACGAAACUCUCGUAUUUGUUCAUGGACCACGCGCACCAAAUCAGGAAAAUGAUUUUGGACCUGCACAUGGCCACCAUGAAGGAGUUCAUCAAAGUUGAGGAUCGUUUCUUGAUGAUGAGAGAGGAUUUGGCUUUUGUCACCAGUGGUAACGGCGAUAAUUUGAUUGAGGAGAACAUGAAUCUUAAAUUGAGGGUCGAACAGUUGGAAAACGAGUUGGCUAGGAUUAAGGUCAAGGACUCGAACGCCAACAGUUAAAUUGUUUUCUUGAGUAAUUGUAAAUGUAUAAAUUAAUUUGUUUUUGUAUAUAUUUCUUUUUUUAAUAUAUUUAUAUUUUUGUA